ACUGUGUCCAAGUCUAGUCUCAGGGCUUGGGUCAAUACACGGCGGUGUGGCACACUGACGACCCACUGCAGGUUGCGCGACGGGGCCAAAUAGCGCUUUCGUGGUCGCCAACAGCCCAUACGUGUCCUUUUUUAAUACGCGUCCUGGAGUCCAAAGCAGCACGAAUGCAUUCCUCGGCUGCAGAUCGAGGUAUCGCAUUGCCCCGUUGCCGCGUGCACCAGCGCUUCGUAGUUGCUCGUGUCACCUCGUCACGCCGCCCAUGCACAAUGUAGCUUCUGGCAAGUGCGAGGUUGCUGUCGUUGCCAACGGGAGCUGGAUGGCGGACCGCUGAGUGGGGCCACCAUUCCGCAUCGCUCGGAGCCGUUUCAGCGAUAGUAUACCCCGUCAUCGCAGCCAUUGCUUGCGGCUUGUUGACGUGCUCGCCAACGUGCGUUUGGCCGUAACUGGUUUGAUCCAAAUAAAAUGUCGGUCCACUUGACAAAUUGGGCACUCGACAUGCGUGACACGGUGGCGGGUCCGGCAGCCGAGCUUGUGCAAGCAGCCAAGCCGCCGCCGCGCGUCAAGCGGCACCGCGCCGCGCUCGCGAUCAGCCUCAUCAUGCUCGUCAACCUGCUCUCGAUGCCGUUCAAGGCGUACCUCUCCGAACCAUGGCCAUGGGACGUCGACGCCAACAUCCCACCGUCGCCAAGCAACUUUACAGUGUUCAACACCUCGGCCUUGGCGCGCUUCCAGCGCGAGUACAACCACAGCACGCUACCACACGCCGCGACCUUUUACCUCGACACAGCCCAGAGCCUUCAAGUGCUACGAACAGUUCUCGAGACGAGCAACAAGCCACCCAUGUCCGCCAACGACUGCCCGAGUCGCUUCCUCGUCGGGCUGCCCGGAUCCAUUUACUUUGGCGAGAGCAUGCGAUCGCUCGUGUGCGCCUUUGCGGCUGCCGACCACAAGCUCACCAACUGGAGCCAACGAGGCACCUGUGGCCACACGCGUAUGCUGACCAUCAACCUCGGCGAAGCGUGCCUCUGGCUCGUCGCUGGUAAUGACGUGCUCGGUCGCGACACCACCAGCACCUACACGUUAUACUACGUCCUUCGCGUCUACGCGUAUCCCGAGUGGCUUUGGCUCAAGCUACUCUAUCGAGUGUUUUUGACGUGCUAUGUACUACGAUUGCUCUGGCGCCGGUACUAUGGCCCGUAUCUCCAGCUCGAGCGCAUCCUUGCUGUCCAUGGACACCGCACCGACUUGAAAAAUGCGGGUGCGUGGCGCUACGUGGUCGUACUUGGCGACCCGACGGCGCUGGUUCUUAUGAACACCAACGUCGCCCUCGCCUUUCUGCUCGACAUUUGGAUCAGCUCGGAUACGCUCGGCGUGGCCAUUCUUCGAUCGAGCCAAAACCAAGACAUUCCGCUGCUGCUCAUCUCGUUCUUAUACCUCUCCCGCGUCGUUUGGAUUGCGUAUGCGGCGAUCUGCCUCGUCUCGCGCUGGCUCAAGCGCCACGGCAACGAGCAUCGCUUUGCUCAAGUCGACCCGACGCUGUUGGCGGUCCUCGUCUCGAUCUACGGCCCACUCCUGACGUGGCUCGGCAGCAACGUGAGCUUCUUUCUAUCCACAUACAGCUACCUCCUCGAGUGUCUUCUCACGGACCAAGACGAAGCGAUUGAAGUAUUUCUCGUUGCCGUCUUUUACAUGGUUCUCAUGGGGUCCAUGCCACUGCUCUACGGCUUUAGCGUGCGCCAUCUGCGCCCUCGGAAGGUCGCACCGCUCAGCCGGUCCUUCUACGCGAGUUGGCGCAACAAUAACGCCAAGAACCGGCUUUUGUUUACAGCCUUUGGCGUGCACCAUCGGAGAAAAGGCCACGGUGACGACGACGACGAUCUCGUCUCCCUUGGUGGCACGCUCUACUCGAUCUUUGAGCUCAACCCAAAGUACCAAGCGUCGCCUGCGAUUUGCAGCCGCGCCGCCGAUGUCUUCCUCCUCUGCUACGAAAACGACGUUCUCCAAGCCAAGAUCCGACUGAGUCUCUUGUGCAGUUUGGACGGCGCUGCCUCGCGCCACCACGCAGCGAUUCCAGACGCCGCGUCGCCGUCGCGCUACAUUGUCAACGAGCUCUGUCGCCCUCUGGCUCAAACCUUUGCGUCCGUUGCGCUUCAAACGUCGGUCAAGACGUCGGUGGCCGCGCCACUGUGCAUUAUUCGACCCGACAUACCAUCCGAGUGGUGCAUGUAGCACCGCAAAUGCGAGCUUGAAUAGCUUACUCGUCUAUUUGGGUUCCAUAGAUCCUGACCGAACGAAACUCAAA